CGGCGAAAGGAGGUUUUACGUCACUUGGGGAACGGCUUAAUCCGCUUUUCCUUCGCCCGUUGCCUUUCGGGGGUUUUGAGCUAUCAUGGCGGCAGAUAAAGCGAAGUCCGUUUUAUUCGUAUGUCUGGGAAAUAUUUGCCGAUCUCCCAUAGCUGAAGCUGUUUUUAGAAAACUUGUAACUGAAGAAAACCUUGAAAACAAGUGGAGGAUAGACAGUGCAGCAACUUCUACAUAUGAAAUAGGAAAUUCUCCAGAUUAUCGAGGCCAGAAUUGCAUGAGAAAACAUGGCAUAACUAUGAAUCAUAUUGCCAGGCAGAUUACAAAAGAUGAUUUCCUAACAUUUGAUUACAUUCUUUGCAUGGAUGAAAGCAACUUACGUGACUUGAGAAGAAAAUGCAAUCAAAUUAAAAAUUGCAAAGCUCAAAUUGAACUCCUUGGUAGUUAUGAUCCAGAGAAACAGCUUAUUAUUGAAGAUCCAUAUUAUGGAAAUGAUGAAGAUUUUGAAACUGUUUAUCAGCAAUGUCUCAGAUGCUGUAAAGAAUUCUUGGAAAAACCUCAUUGAUGUGGUUAUGUUCUGAAUGUGAAUAAUUCUAUGACAUUAGUGCAAAAUCUCAACAUUAAACUAUGAUAGUGUGCCUCUAAAAUAGAUUCAUUUGUGCAUUCUUAAUUUUAAUUUUUGUAGUAUACCAAAUGGGUAUACAGUACAUUAUUUGAGAAGAUGUUUUUUUUUUCAAAAUUAAAUUGAUGUUAUCAGAUAUAUGAUGAAUUAAUAUUAUGCUGGUCAUCUAUGUAAGAAAAAAAACCUGUUGGUACUAAACUAAGUGAAUAAAUAUGUGUUAUUCCAUAUUCAAGUAGUCCUUGACUUGUGACCACAAUUGACCCUGGAAAUUAAGUUGUUAACUAAGUUCUUAAGUUGUUGUGGUUAUUAAGCAGAUCAUCAGGUGACCUGACUCAACCUUAGAACCAUCUUGGCUUUCCCAGGCAUGGUUGUUAAGCGACCAUACUGGUUGUUAAGCAGGAUACAGGAUGCCUUGGGAGGUGGGAAGGUUUCUGGGGGGUGCUUGGCACAGGCCACAUGCAAGUUGUGGGGGUGCUGUGGUAUGGCACAGACUGGAAGGGAGGCCAGGGAAAGAAGCUGUAGUUGGCCCUGCAGUGCAGCGAAACAGUGCGAAAGACAGUUCUCAGAAAGAACAAAACACCUGGGAAGUUUCCACAGUGAGGCAUAAAGCAGCUCUUCCAUCAUGAACCCUGAAUGCCUGGGAAGCUCCAACCCAGCUGCCCACACUGUCCUGCCAACUGACCUUCACCAGCCUAGCCCUGUAUGAAAAAUGCUAAAGGAGCAGCUCAACAGCAGUGUCUUAAAAUGCCCCCUUUCCUGAAAAGACUGGGCUGAAAGACGGGGGGGGGGGGGGGGGAGAGCUUGCCUCACUUUGCCCCAGCUCUGUGAAGAGAGCACAAUUUCCCAAGGCUGCGCAAAGCACCCUCGAUCCUAAAAGCAAACGUUUCAGCUGGCUUUAGCAUUUCCCAUUUCCUCUUUUUCCCUGCAAAGAGUCAGGCAGGGCAUGCCUUGUAAAGCUUAAUAGUUUUAAGAAGUUUCAGGUUGACUUUCCUGGGUUAAAACCAUUGAGCACACGUUCCUAGAGGUGAUCAGCUUCAGUGGAAAUAGCAGCUUGGGAUGCGGGGGAACGCUUUACACCCUUGGAGUCCCCUGGGCAUUUGGAACUUUCGAUGGGUCAGCUGCUUUGUGCUGCACUGUGGAAGUUUCCAGGGUGUUCGACCCUGGGGUGGGCUGGCUGCUUUGUCUUGCACCAUUUGACUUCCUUGGCAUUUAAGAUCAUAAAUGGGUGCAGGAGACAGAUAGGCAAGUGGAAGAAACGUGAAUAUUUGAUCAUGUGACUGCAGGGAGGCUGCGGUGGCUCUAACGGGUCAUAAGUCUCUUCGUUCAGCGCGGUUGUAAGUUGAAGUCCGCCUGUAUAUAGAUAUACAACAGUUCGUUUAGUGACCAUUCAAAAGUGUCUUAUGACCAUUUUUCACAUGUAUGACCUUGCAGCAUCCCUAUGGUCACAUGAUCAAAAUUCAGAAGCUUGGCAACUGCGGUGAUUCAUUUAACAACUUGGAUAAGGUUGUAAAAUAGGGUAAAACUCACUUAAUGGCCGUCUCUUCAACAUAAAUUUUGGGCUCAAUUGUGGUCAUAAGUCGAGGACUAGCUGUAUUGAGAAUACAUAAAAAUUCUUAGAUUAUAAUUCUUAAUUAUGGCACACAGGUCUGUUUCCUGUUGCUAUUGUUAACUGAUGUUGUAAACAUUUUUCUUUUCAUAUCAAAACUUUAUAAAUACUUCCAUGAACAUUUUUAUUUGUCAGUUGUGAGAUGUCUGAAAACUACUAUAUUUUGAUAUCUUUUCAUCAUUUUAUGUUAUACUAAAUAUAGAUGUGGAGGUAAGCCAGAAGAAAAAGAAAGAUUUUAUGAUAUUCAGCCAUAUAGAAUGCUGUGAUGCAAAUAUUUGCAGUUCUGCAGUAGUACUGCGAAAAUAAUUCCCUGGUGGUAUAAUCUUGUUUUAGGAAUACAAAUUGAAGUAAAUAACUGCUUAUUUAUUUUUAAACUUAAAAGAAAAUAGUGUUAAAGGCUAUUGAUGAGAUGUUUGGAAAAAAACUACUAUAGAAUUCUGAGUAAGAUAGCAAUAGAUUAUGUGUUUCAAGUUCUGUUCCGUUCCUUACAGCUCCAGCACUAAUAGAAAUAGAGUAGACUAUGUAAGGGUAAACUUCCUUCAUUUCCAUAAUAUGAAAAAACUACAAAAUUUCUGUUAGGAAAUUAUAACUUGUUCAUUACACAAAUGUAACCUUAUGGAGCCUGGUAUGUAUUUUGUGAAAGGCAUAAAAUGAUUGAGGGAAGGAUUUAAAAGCCUGGAGAGUUUGUAGUUUUCCAGUGGGAAUAAAACCACAACCUUCCCCUCGCAUUUCAUGCCUCUUUUUACUGCUCUUCCUUAUGACAUCAUUGAUUUCUUUCUUUUCUUCACCUGUUCCCUCCUACUUUUGAAACAACAUUGUUUAUGGAUGCUUCAAGAUUAAGCCAAAGAGAAGUUGUUAGACAGAAGCAGGCAGUGAAGUCCGUAGUAAGCUGGCAAAGAUCUACUUAUGAAAAAAGCCCAUGCUGAAGGAUGUUGACAUAAGCCAAUGAUUCUAUAUAAAUAUUGUAUGAGUCAUUACUACUGAUUAUUGUCAGUACAUGCAGUGUAAUAUUGUGUGUUUGUUUAAAAGAUAACAGAGGGUUGUGUGCAAUUGUUUGCCAAAACUUUCAUCUUCUGCUCAGUAUAUUUUGUCUGCAUUUUGCAAUUAUUCAGAGUGUUGCCAUAAUCCCUUUUUAGCCAAGAGUCCUUAUAAACACUGCAUGGGGAAGUAUAAGCCAGCACUAUUUUGUUCCUUUCUCUUUUAGAGUUAGUUUUUGUGUAUCUUCAAGUCUUCCCAAAAGAGGAAACCUCAUAGUGGACUUCGCUGCUUCUUCGUGUUACCUUCUGGAUUUGUCAUUUUUAAGCAGCCAUAAUUUCUAUUAAUAAGAUGCUUUGCUCGAGUUCUAUUAAAACAGACUCUAGGGACCUGUUUUGCUUUCAUGAAUGUCAGGUUUUAUUUCAAGCAAAUUUACAACCAUCAUAAUUAGUAUGUACAAGACCAAA